AUGUGGCUUGGGCUCUGCUACCUGCCCGAGGAGCUCGCUGCCCUCCAGAAGCUGGAACACCUCUCCGUGAGUCACAACAGCCUCACCACGCUCCACGGCGAGCUCUCCGGCCUGCCGUGCCUCCGGGCGAUCGUGGCUCGUGCAAACAGCCUGAAGAACUCGGGAGUCCCUGAUGAUAUCUUCCAGCUGGACGACCUCUCGGUGCUGGACCUGAGCUACAACCAGCUCACCGAGUGUCCCCGGGAACUGGAGAACGCCAAGAACAUGCUGGUCCUCAAUCUUGGCCACAACAGCAUUGAGACCAUCCCCAACCAGCUCUUCAUCAACCUGACAGACCUGCUCUACCUCGACCUGAGCAACAACAAGCUGGAGAGCCUCCCGCCGCAGAUGAGACGCUUGGUCCACCUUCAGACCCUCAUCCUCAACAACAACCCCCUCCUGCACGCGCAGCUCCGGCAGCUCCCAGCAAUGAUGGCCCUGCAGACCCUCCACCUCAGGAACACCCAGCGUACACAGAGCAACCUGCCCACUAGCCUCGAAGGCCUGGUGAACCUGGCAGAUGUGGACCUGUCCUGCAAUGACCUCAGUCGUGUCCCUGAGUGCCUCUACACACUGGGCAGCCUGCGGCGCCUCAAUCUCAGCAGCAACCAGAUCACGGAGCUGUCCCUCUGCAUCGACCAGUGGACCCAGCUGGAGACCCUCAACCUGUCCCGCAACCAGCUCACCUCCUUGCCUUCGGCCAUCUGCAAGUUGACUAAGCUGAAGAAGAUGUACUUGAACUCUAACAACCUCGACUUUGAUGGGAUCCCCUCGGGCAUCGGCAAGCUCGCCAACCUUGAGGAGUUCAUGGCGGCCAACAACAACCUGGAGCUCAUCCCUGAGAGCCUGUGCAGGUGCUCCAAGCUGAGGAAGCUGGUGCUGAACAAGAACCGCCUGGUGACGCUGCCAGAGGCCAUCCACUUCCUGACGGACGUGGAGAUCCUGGACGUGCGCGAGAACCCAAACCUGGUGAUGCCUCCGAAGCCGGUGGAUCAGACGUCGGAGUGGUACAACAUCGACUUCUCCCUGCAGAACCAGCUCCGCCUGGCCGGAGCCUCCCCGGCCACCGUUGCAGCCGCUGCAGCAGGGAGCGGCACCAAGGACCCGCUGGCCCGCAAGAUGCGGCUCCGGCGGCGCAAGGACUCUGCCCAGGAUGACCAGGCCAAGCAGGUGCUGAAGGGGAUGUCGGACGUGGCCCAGGAGAAGAACAAGAAGAUAGAGGAGAGUGGGGAGGCAAAGGCACCAGACCUGAAGACACGCCGCUGGGACCAGGGCCUGGAGAAGCCGCAGCUGGACUACUCGGAAUUCUUCAGCGAGGACGUGGGGCAGCUGCCCGGCCUCUGCGUCUGGCAGAUCGAGAACUUUGUGCCCACGCUGGUGGACGAGGCUUUCCACGGCAAGUUCUACGAGGCCGACUGCUACAUCGUGCUCAAGACCUUCCUGGAUGAGAACGGCUCCCUCAACUGGGAGAUCUACUACUGGAUCGGACAGGAGGAGAUGGGGGAUGAGAGCGAUGAAUUCCUCCAGGUCUUCGACAAUGAUAUCUCCUACAUUGAGGGUGGCACGGCCAGCGGUUUCUUCACCGUCGAGGACACGCAAUACGUCACCAGGCUGUAUCGUGUCUACGGGAAGAAGAACGUUAAGCUGGAGCCGGUGGCACUGAAAGGGACAUCGCUGGACCCCCGGUUCGUCUUCCUCCUGGACCACGGCCUCAACCUCUUUGUGUGGCGCGGGAGCCAGGCCACGCUGAGCAGCACCACCAAGGCCAGGCUCUUCGCUGAGAAGAUCAACAAGAACGAGCGGAAGGGGAAGGCGGAGAUCACGCUGCUCACCCAGGGCCAGGAGACCCCUGACUUCUGGGAGGCGCUGGGGGGGCAACCUGAGGAGAUCCGGCCCUGCGUCCCCGAUGACUUUCAGCCCCACAAGCCCAAGCUGUACAAGGUUGGCCUGGGCCUGGGCUACCUGGAGCUGCCCCAGAUCAACUACAAGCUCUCGGUGGAGCACAAGAAGAGGCUGAAGGCUGAUCUGAUGCCAGAGAUGCGCCUGCUGCAGAGCCUGCUGGACACCAAGAGUGUGUACAUCCUGGACUGCUGGUCCGACGUCUUCAUCUGGAUCGGGAGGAAAUCACCGCGGCUGGUGCGGGCGGCGGCGCUGAAGCUGAGCCAGGAGCUGUGCAGCAUGUUGCACCGGCCCAAGCACGCCAUGGUCACCAGGAACCUGGAGGGCACCGAGUGCCAGGUGUUCAAGUCCAAGUUCAAGAACUGGGACGAUGUCCUGCGCGUGGAUUACACCCGCAACGCUGAGACGGUGCUGCAGGAGGGCGGCCUCGCCGGCAAGGUCCGCAAGGAUGCUGAGAAGAAGGAUCAGAUGAAGGCUGACCUCACGGCGCUCUUCCUGCCCCGCCAGCCCCCCAUGCCCCUCAGCGAGGCAGAGCAGCUGAUGGAGGAGUGGAACGAGGACCUGGACGGCAUGGAGGGCUUCGUGCUGGAGGGCAAAAAAUUUGCUCGCCUGCCCGAGGAGGAGUUUGGCCACUUCCACACCCACGACUGCUACGUCUUCCUCUGCAGGUACUGGGUGCCGGUGGAGUAUGAAGAGGAGGAGGAGAAGAAGAAGAAGGGUGAAGGCAAAGGGGAGGAGGAUGGUGAGGAAGAAGAGGAGGAGAAGCAGCCCGAGGAAGACUUCCAGUGCAUCGUCUACUUCUGGCAGGGCCGGGAGGCCUCCAACAUGGGCUGGCUCACCUUCACCUUCAGCCUCCAGAAGAAGUUUGAGAGUCUCUUCCCUGGCAAGCUGGAGGUCGUGCGCAUGACCCAACAGCAGGAGAAUCCCAAGUUCCUCUCGCACUUCAAGAGGAGGUUUGUCAUUCACCGGGGCAAGCGGAAGGAGAGGGUCAGCCCACCCCAGCCCAGCCUCUACCACAUCCGCACCAACGGUGGGGCCCUCUGCACCAGGUGUAUCCAGAUCAACACAGAUGCUGGUCUGCUCAACUCCGAGUUUUGCUUCAUCCUCAAGGUGCCCUUUGAGAGCACGGACAACCAGGGCAUUGUCUACACCUGGGUGGGCCGGGCAGCUGACCCUGACGAGGCCAAGUUGGCCGAGGACAUCAUGAACCACAUGUUUGAUGACUCCUACAGCAAGCAGGUGAUCAACGAGGGAGAAGAGCCUGAAAACUUCUUCUGGGUGGGCAUCGGGAGCCAGAAGCCCUACGAUGAAGACGCUGACUACAUGAAGCACUCCCGGCUCUUCAGGUGCUCCAACGAGAAGGGCUAUUUUUCAGUGUCGGAGAAGUGCUCUGAUUUCUGCCAGGAUGAUCUGGCCGACGAUGACAUCAUGCUGCUGGAUAACGGGCGGGAGGUCUACAUGUGGGUGGGCACCCAGACCAGCCAGGUGGAGAUCAAGCUGAGCCUCAAGGCAUGCCAGGUUUACAUCCAGCACAUGCGCUCCAAGGACCCCACGCAUCCCCGCAAGCUCCGGCUGGUGCGGAAAGGCAACGAGCCCUGGAAACGAGAUACUUGCAAGAUCGCGGUGCAGCUAAAGACGGUGUGCACAGCCAGAAAGAUUUCUUACAAAAUAGCCUGA